AUGCUUAAUAAAGUAAUAGACUAAUUGGUAUUAAAAUAUAAGCGCAAUAAAGUUGUAGAGCAGAAUGAUAAAUAGUUUUUGGCUUAACAAGAAAUCUAAAAUAAAAAUAAUGUAUUAAUUAAAAAUCCUAUUAAUCAAAUAGAGCAGCAAGAUGAAUAAAUUUUGAAAUAGCAUCCUUAAAGCAAUAUUCAAGAAAAACUUGUAAAACCAAUCGAAAAUCAAGAUGUUUUACUGAAACAAAAUGAAUAUUAAAAACCUAAAUUAAACAGUUAAGAAUUAUUCUACCACAAUUAAUUAAAAUGA